AGGCACCUCCAGAUGGGGCUGGACUCCAACAUCAGCCUGGUGCGUCACGUGGCCGCGGCCGCUCUCCUCUGGGCCUCGGGGCGCCACGACCUCCCCUCCCCCCUGCGGCUGCCCCUGGGGGGGCUCCUGGCGGCCGCCGCCUACGAGGGCUUCUUAAUUGGGUGGGCGGGGCAGGUGCUGGGCCUGGGCCCCUGGGGGGCGCUGGGGCUGCGGGCGCUGGGGGUGGCGGCGCUGGGGCUGGGGGCACUGAGGCUGCUGGUGCCACUCCUGCCACCCCCCUGAGCGCACCUGGGC